AUGGCGGCCAAAGAUAAUUUUCCAUUAUUAUUUUCAUUAAUUAUUCUAUUACCAACAUUAUGUUUUACACAAUUUUUCGAUUCACAUCAAUCAAAAAUUGAUCCAUUUGUAAAACGUGUAUUAACAUCAACAACAAAUGUUGGUAGUGUUGGUGGUGGUGGUAGUUCACGUUUUGAUCUAAUGAUUGAACCACCAGUAUCUGGUGUUGAAAUGUAUCAUUCAUUAUCACAACAACAACAACAACAAUCGGAUCAAAUUAGUGAUAAUCAAUCUAAUUCAACAACAACAACAACGCCACAUUCUAUAAGAAUUAUUGCUACACAGAAUGGAUCAUUAUAUGGUAUUAAAGCAAAUGAUGAUAAUCAAAUUACUAAUAAUAAUGAUGGUGAUAUGCUUAAUUCAUCUGGUACAACAUCAAAUCAAAAUUUUAUUAUACCGGAUCAAAUAAUGCCAUAUAUGAAUGCAUAUUCAACACAUUUAAAUUCGGAUUUAAAACAAUUAUCAUCUGGUAGUAUGAUUGGUAAUCAAGUUAAACCAAUUAGUAAUGAUGAUGUAUUUAUUGUACAUCAUCAACAUCAUUAUCCACCAAUGUUUAUGAAUAGUGAAUCAUCGAUUCAAUCAGCAGGUAGUACUAAUCAGGCAUCAUCAAUUAUACAACAGAAUGGUGGUGGUAGUAGUAAUCUAUCACCAGCCACACAAACAUCAUUUAGACCGUUAAAAAAGAUGCAAAAAUCGAAUAAGAAAAAAUCGAAAAAAUUACAAAUUGUCUACAUUAAGGUACCAUUAUUGAAUUUAAUGGAUGGAACAUCGGCACCAACAUCAACAACAACAAUGACAACAAAAUCGGCCACAUCAAAACAUCAUACAUCAAUGGAAAUUGAUGAUUCUGAUAGUGAAAGUCAAGAAGAUACUAUUGAUACAACAAUAUCAUUGUCGGCAACACCAGAUUCAACUACAACGACGACGACGACAACAACAACAACGCCAAAACCAGAAUUAUUCAUUAAUGAUAAUAAUAAUGAUAAUAAACAACAAUGGAAUAAACGUGAACAUUCAACAUCAUCAACGAAU